AUGGCUUAUAAAGAAGGCAUGGAUGCCUUUGGUAUGCUUCAUUCUCAGCGGGCUCCUGACGAGACGGGAUCUGAAAUUAAGUAUGGGCCAUCUUAUCCACGGUCCGUACCACUGAAAGAAGUUCGGAUUUCAGUGGUCCCACAUGACCUUGUUUCUUUAUCAAAAACUAAGGAUGUUAGUUUUGGUGACUUGCGAUAUUGUUAUUCUAACGAUCAAGAGGCCAUCCAACACGUGCGACAUUAUGGCGCAGAUUUCAAAGCCAAAGUUCUUGAAUUGGUCGAUAACAAAGCUGAUGCUGACAUUACUCACAAAGUUAAUAGUGAGUUCUUUCCCAGCCUUCACUGCAUUUUACUGGAUAAGAAGGUUACUGGAAAUUUUUCUUUUAGGGGGAGGGCCCAAUUUCUCCCUUAUCUAAUGGAAUGGACAGAGAUGAUUUUACGUCAGCAUCUAGGUACCCUACGUGAUGCUGAGAUUUAUGGUGCCAUAUCAGUAUCUAGGUACCCCUUCUUAAUGGAACCAACUGUGUGGAGAGCUUUCACAGAACAUUGGGGGCCCUUAGCGAACACUUUUCACCAUAGCAGCGGCGAAAUGGGUAUUUCUUUGUAUGACUUGAAGGUCAUUGGCGGCUUACCGAUUUUGGGGAUUCCUUAUGAAGAAUUUAUUCCCUUAAAUGCAAAACUAAUGCAAGGACCUAUGCGCAGUCCAAUUGUGUCAGAGCUUUUAAGGACUCACGCUCGAAUUUGUGUCCAUUUGAAAGUUACAAAAGUAACAUGGCAGCAAUGGGUUGAAUAUUUUUAUAGAAAGAAGAAAGUUUUUGGAGGUGUUAAAGCAACUUCUGACUCCAAAACUUCCAAAACUUCAAAGAGAACUUUCCAAAGAAAAGGGCAUAAACAAACAGAUGUGUGCUCUCUUCCUUUAGAAGCAUCCCGUGAAUGUAUCCUUGCAGCUUUUGUGUCUUUAUGGUUAAGUCGAUUUGUGUUUCCCUACCAAGGCUACGAUGUGAGACCAGAGACUUUUUAUAUGGCUUCGUUGAUGGCACAAGGGGUUAAAGUUUCACUAGCGCCUUCUGUUUUAGGAUAUAUUUAUUAUGGUUUGAGUAUCGAAGCUCUGCAUAUGCAAGGUCUGGGUGAAAGUUUCAUGCCUGUACAUUACGUACUGGGUUGGUUGGCUGAACAUUUUUGUGAUCUUAAUAGUGGUUGGAGUUCCCUAAUUGACUUGCCUUUUUUAGGCAAGUAUGCUGGAGUGCCACCUGAAGAGCGGAGUUUAAACAUAGCCCGUCGUAUCUUGAGGGAAGAAGAUUAUGUCAUUCACCGACCAUAUUCUUUUCCUAUUGAAGAAGAUGUUGAUUGUAUAGACCAUGAAGACUUAUCUGAUGUUAGAUUUGAAAUGCUUGUUUCUAUGCGUUCAUCUAUGUUGCCUGUGAGAGUGGGCAAGGACUUAUUCAUUGAACCAUAUUUUCCCAAUAGAUUCGCUCGCCAGUUUGGAUUUGAUCAAGGUGUGCCAUCGAAUGAACUUCGUUCUAGUUUUUCUUGGAGGACACAAUGUGGGAUAAUUGGUGUUGCUGAAGCUUGGGCAUUACUACUGAGAAGGAACACUGGUAUUCACUUUCAUAUUCCCAGUAUCACUCGCAUGGGUCAGUGUACUUGGUGGUAUGGUCGUUGGUGGGUAAGAACUUGUAUACCUUACUUAGGAAGAUCCGUGAGAAAUCUCCAUUUAGAGUUAACCAAGAAACCUUAUGUGGAGGAGGAUCCUAAGUAUAUCAUUAAGGACAUUCGAAAAAUUUAUUCCACCCUUGAUGAGGUUUCUUUGAGAUGUACUCCUGAAAAGCAUGAUUUUACUGAUUCUGACUAUGCCGUCACUAGUGCUAACUAUGUCGAUGUUGAAUCGGACAUUGGAUCAGAAAACGACCAUUCUUUAGCUCUGCAUUUCAAACGAGUGAAACGUGCAAAGCAUGAUGAUUCUAGUCGUAUUGAAGAUGUCUCCUUCCCACUUUCUCAGAGUUCAUAG